CCAUGAGGCGUCCCCAUUGGUGGAGCUAGCCGUGGUGCUACUGUGAUUGACGUGUUGGAAAUCCGACAUGCCUACUGAAUAUGCAAGGAGAGCGUCAUAAAUAACAGCGUGCUGUAUAAAAGCCGGUUGAAAAACAACUACAGUUACAUUUGCGGUGAGCGUGCAAGGAGGUUAGCGGCGAAACGUCGGAGGAACAACCGUGUGUGGGUUUUUAUUUGCGGCGUUUCUACUGAGAACCGACGGGCUGUAGUCCAUAGAAAUGAGAACCUUCCAGCUGUUGUUUACCCUGGGCUUGGCGGUGGCGUCCUACACAGCCCAAGUGCCAGUGGGGAAGCCUGCAGAAGUAGUGCCCUCUACCGAACAAAAAGGAGAGGUGCAGCAGUACAUGGAGGUGGAGGUGAUCGAGAGGCCCAAGCCCCGACAACGGAGUUUCCCUCCCAGCAAGUGCUGCUCCAUCGGCAAGCGCGUGGCUCUGAAGCAGUUGUCCUGCUCCGUGGACGUCCACCAGGUGGCCAAGAAGAAUAACGGAGCGCACAAGAGGAAGAUGAAGUUCCACGGGUCCGAGCCGGCCGGCAAGCGGAACCAGAAGGGCCUGAUGCGGAAGGUGGAGAAGUGUGCUCCGCUGAAGGACUCAGCAUCCAUGUUUAUGAAAUGUUGCCAGGUCCAGACGCACUACAUGAAGAAGGUGGACCGGUGCCGAGACCUCCCUACCCGUAAGCAGCAGAGGCAGUGCCGCAGAGGACUGAAGGCCGAGAAACCCGGCCGACGGAUGCGUCCUAACAGAGAGUAGAACACCUGGUCUCAGAACUCUGUUCUUACCAUACAUUCCUUUGUGAGAAAGGUUACCUACGAACUCAGGUGCAAACGAAACAGUUAUCGCUUUGUAUAUUGCAGUGUCAGCAGAAGGUAUGUUAUGUUUGGUCACAUGGGCAGCAGCAUAAAUGUUAGAAUAGCAUUAGUACGAGCUCAGAAAGACUUGUUGUAGACAUGUUGUUGUAAGGUUGUCCAUAUCUGAUGUUUGUUUGCAUACCAAGACCUCUGCGUCCAAACGCAGGAGAUUUUUUCUUGAAAGAUGACUAAGGAGGUUGUAGUGAGGACCUCUUCUAUUUCAGUUUAAUAGUAAAUGUAUUUUAGUACAUUUCAGGAGCUGCGGUGCUGAUGCACAACUCGUAAGACUCACGUAGGUGCAGGACCUGUGAAAUCUAACCAACACUGCCGGACAUGGGAUAACCUUGUACUAAUGUAUAUUUAUUGUGACAUCCAGUGCUGUAUACACCGACAAUGUGUAUUACCGUUACAGACCUGGGCAUGUGUUUACGUUGACCAAUUAGCCAGCUUCUUGUUGCACAUCAUGGCUGUAAGCCAGGAUUACUCCAAGCCCCGGAGUUCCCUUGUUUAUAUUGUGAAUACUGAAGCCCCCAGGAUAUAUUCUGGAUAGUGCAAGUCCUUGUUGUAGAAAAACAAGUCGUGACGGAGAAAAGAGAUCCCAGAUGUGUAAGGGCACAUGUGUGCCCGGUUCAUUCAUCGUCAUGUUGAUACCUACAUUGGAUAAGGGUCGUUCCCUAGCGGUCAGCUGGUGAACUGCACGCCAGAAAUAUUUUGUACAUAUGAGUGAUCCGAGUCCUUAUAAGAAUCACGCGAAUGUCGGAAAAUAAAAUGUUACAAGUGA